AUGGAUGCUCUUUGUGGCUGGAUCGAGAGAACUGGCAUCGCACAGUUCAUGCUUGUCAACAAUAUCAAUGUGUCGAUGAGAAUUUGUGAUCCUGUGAUUAAAGUACUGCUCCAAAUUGCACUCAACGGUGGACACCUUGCACCCGCAGAUGUUACUGUGAUUACGCAAGGGUUGUUCCCACCAAAUUGCCGACCGUCUCGGCCACUACACGGAGUUCCAGGCAUCCUCAAUGAUGAGGAUACAGGCGAGAGCGACGACAUCGAUAAUAAUCAGGAAGAUCCAGAUCCUCCCACGACUUGCCACCAGACGAGCGACGUUGUCACUGUCAUCAGCAACCUGGAGGCUGCCUUCCAGUACCGUCGCUGCUGCUGCAAGAAAAACAAAGAGCCUGGGACACCCCCUUGUCGUACCGUCGUCUCCCUCUCACAAGACCUUCGCCCACCUCAUCUUAUAACGAGAUUGAAUUCAUUGGCUCUUUUAGAAGCGGUAUACCAAAUCUGUGGGACGACCGUGGUCAGUAGCGAGAGAUCUGUACCAUGA